AGUUUUAUAUGCUGAUAGGAAAAACAUCUCUUCUAGGGCUUUCAUAUUUUUAUUUUGUAUAUACAUACGGCAAGGCCUUUCAUGUGGUCCCAAGUUGGAAUGGAUCCUUGGUACCCCCUUGCUUGUUGCAAGAGGUGACUAAAUGGGGUGGUCCUUCGGGUUAGACCGCAAAAACUGAGGUGCUGUAUUAAAGCAGGUGUGGCAUGACAAUUAAAGAUCCCUUCGUGCCAAGCAUAAACCUAAAUUCUACAGACCUUCACUGACAAUGAUGACCUCUCCAUGAUGAGUGGAAGAUUCUCGUCAAAUGGGACGUUAAACAAUGUACAACGAACCAACCUUUCAUGUCCAAUAGAAUAUGAUUUUCACCUGACUCGCAGAACUAAAUAAUAUGCACAGUCACACAUAUAUCUGAAUAACAAUUAUAGAAGAACUGAAGGACAUGUAGCAAAGAAGGGAGAAAAAUAUUUGGAACAUUAGGGGAUCAAACCCAUGACCCUUACAUUACCAGUUAGAUGAUCUAACCACUGAGCUAUCCAGGCUGAUAUACAAAGUAAUAUGAUGGAACUUUGCUUCAUCAGUCAGUGUGAUGCAUCCCUGCUUCUGAAACCAGUGUCCGUCAUUCAGAAAAAUCAAAUUUAAAAUAGCUUUAGGAAAUGUUUUGGAGGAACGUAUAGCUAUAUUGAUCUUUAUUGAUAUGCUAGUUACAACAUGGAUUCUACAUUUACAUAGGAAUAUCUUAUCUCGAAUUCUGCUGACGGCAUAUAGAUAUAUAGCUUACAAAAUGGGUUCUUGUGUUUGUAAAGAAAAACAUGUAACUGCAGAUCAACGAGCUAUAAGACAGGUAGAAAGCGGAAAUCAAAGGUCACAUCAAAGGUCAGGGUCAUCAACAGGAAGAAGAGCCGUAGUGUCAAAUUCCAAUUCACAAAGUUCUUCCAGAAGAUGUCCAAAUGUAGAUUCUCUGGUGCUAGAGACACUUUCUCUUAUUAGGACUCUGGUUGACAAUGAGCAGGGCCCACCUCAAGCCAUGUUAUUGUUACAUCGUGUGGCAGAGUCUGAGGAGGGAUGGUUAGAUGUUGUCAAGUCCCUGGUCAUUUCCAUCCCCCUUGAUGACCCUCUUGGUCCCGCAGUGAUCACCCUCCUGCUGGAUGAGUGCCCCCUUCCCACCAAGGAUGCAAUCCUAAUUCUGUACAAGAAUUUGAAGUUGAUGCCUAACAGCCCAAGCAAAGAAUACAGUUCUGUCAGCUCCCAGAGAAAUAUAGGUGUAGUCUUAGGAUGUCUAGCAGAAAAAUUGGCAGGUCCAAAUGCAAUUGACAUCUUGACAGAUGAUGUGUUAAAAUACUUAAUGUCAAACUUGAAUGACAAACUUGACCCAGCUGUUAUUUUACAUUCCUUGGUGGCUCUUGAGAAGUUUGCUCAGACCAGUGAAAAUAAAACUACUAUAAAUAAAUGUUUAAGAGAAUGCAACCCAAAUCCUUUAGAAAUCCUUGAAAAAUGGUGGCGCCAUGACAACUUCUGUCUUCGGGAAGUUGGUUUCUGUGCCCGGUGGUGCCUUGAUAAUUUAUUUGUGACAGAGAAUCGAGAAUUUUCAUACCGAAAAGAAGAUUUAAAGAAUAUUAAUGUGAUGUUGAAUAGUAAAGAUGUUAGUGAAUACCUGAAAAUUUCACCAGACGGUUUAGAGGCCAGAUGUGAUGCAUCCUCCUUCGAAAGUGUUCGCUGUACAUUCCAGGUGAAUUCUGGGAUAUGGUAUUAUGAGGUCACCCUUUUAACAGAUGGUGUGAUGCAGAUCGGGUGGGCAACCAAGUCCAGCAGCUUUCUAAAUCAUGAAGGCUACGGUAUAGGGGAUGACGAGUAUUCCAUGUCGUACGAUGGCUGUCGCCAACUGAUCUGGUUCAAGUCGGAGAGUAGACCUAUAACACUGCCCUGCUGGAAAGCUGGUGACACCCUGGGACUGCUGCUGAAUGUGGAAACACAAGAACUGGUGUUUUACCUGAAUGGAGAGGCACUGGCCCCCAAUAAUGAACUCUUCCAACAUGCAAGAGAAGGAUUUUUCGCUGCUGCCAGCUUUAUGUCCUACCAACAAUGCUAUUUCAAUUUUGGAGCGAAACCUUUCAAACAUCCCCCUAAAGAUAUGAAGUUUAAAAGCUUCAAUGACUAUGGACGGUUGUCUGAAGAGGACAAAGUCAUAUUACCAAGGCAUAUGAAGUUGGAACUGCUAAAGAAUUUGAAUGUCAAGGAAGGGGCCUGUACACUCUGCUUUGACCAACAAGCCAAUUACUAUCUAUCUCCUUGCAAGCACAGGGGUUUCUGCUAUCAGUGUACACUACAGAUUGAACUGUGUCCAAUUUGUCGAACAAAAAUUGAUGAAAGAAUCCAGGAAACUUUCUCAAAAGACAACAGUAAAUGCACACAGACCUCUACCACUCAGACUACGGGUCUGAUAGUGAAUAGUGAUGUGACUUCAGAGACUGUGGACAAACUUACCUCUAAUGGGGAAACGGUGGAUGCCAAGGACAGCAGAGUACAGGCUGGACACACUUCAUAGCAUUGGACAUCUUUUGAUUCUAACCUCAUGCAGAUUCUGGCUCCAACAUUCUUGGCACCUCGCAUUUCUUAAAAGACAGUCAAGUUUUAGAUUUUUUAUGAAGUUUUUACCACUGAGUUAAAAGAUUUUAUUUUAAAGUUAUUUGAAAUAUCUGUAUAUCUUUAUCAGAAGAAUUCAUGUGUUUAAAAAAUGUACUGUGUAAAUCUUUGGUUUAUUUGGGAAUCAGAUUAUUGAGAUAUCAAUGAGUUUUCAGAGUCUUGUUGUCAGAAUUUUUUUCCAAGUGAUAUGAUUUUAUUUGUCUUUAUGCAAUUGAGGUUUUACAAUACUGGUGCACUAUGAAAAGGGGGACUCAGAGAAAAGUACAUAAAGAUAUAUUACUGCCACACAUACUAAUAACAGAAUACAAAAAAUGAAAAUUCACUGAAACAGUUGUUUGCUUGCAGAUUAUUUUUCCGGUACUUACAAGCCCAAUAUACUGUAAAAUACUCAAACAGCCUAGACAAUAUUUGUUUAAAAGAAGCUCUUGCUUUCACCACGAUUCUCCUGUGUCCAUGUGUCCACUAUGUGAUACUAUAAACCAACUUCUAUUUGCAACAAUCUUAUUUCGUGAUUUACCAGUGAUGAACUGGUUUGCAGCGAGUAAUUUUCGGGACUGACAUUAUCUUUAACAUGCAAGAGACAUUAAAGGUUCUCAAUGAGAAAUAUUCACUAUGAUAAGGUUCUUGUGAACCUCACAAACAUUUCUCGCACACAAAUAAAAGUUGGUUACAGUAUUCCACUUCCUCUAAUACAGUCUAGUCUGCAGAUUUAUAUUUGCUUUAUCAAUUUUGAACUUCAUUAUAACAGAUAGUUCAAUAUAAGCAAAUUCAUUAUAAGUGGAGCAGACUGUAGUUCACUCACUUUCCUUACACAAUUACCUGUAGCCAUGGUGACAACUGUCUCUGCAGUGUUCAUUGCUGUGAUUCCAGUUUUCAAUUAUUAUUUUUUUUAAUUUUCGGAGGUGGAUGGGUUGGGGGAUAUGUGAUGCAGUGUAAAUAUAAUUAACAAAUUGAGCAAGUUUAAAAGGUGUGGACUUGUACAAAAUUAAUUGUAUAAACAAAUCCCCUCGCUGCUGUAAUCAAAAUAGGAAAGCUUGUGAGGUUUUUUUUUUAGUUGGUUAUAUUUCAUUACUUUGAUAUCGGUUUAUUUGUUGAAGCUUUUCACUAAAUGAGCCUGUAAAGUACAUUUAUCUGUUAUACAGUAUGUGUACAAUACUGAAUUGAUGGGAAAAGUUACCAGAUUUUGUAGUUUUAUUAUUAGAAUUAUUCCCCUUGUAGUUUAUCAUUAUUGGCAGACAUGUCUGGAUUUUUUGUUAAGUUUGACGUUUUACUGUGAUAGUCUUUUUGCCGAGUUACAUUGUUUUUGUGCUGUGAAAUAAAGAUCCAAGUCUUGCACACAAUUAUGAAGCCCUGAAGGAUGGUUACUACAAACAAAAGCUCCCAAACUUGUAUAUUUCAUCCUAUGAUUUGGUUACACACAGUGAGUUUAGUCAGCAACUGACUAAGAAUGGUACAUCAUAACAUGUAGAACUGGACCAGAAUGUUGUCAGGGAUCUACUACAGACAACUAGAAUGGUAGUACUACUAGACAACUGUUUAGAAUGGUAGUACUACAGACAACUAGAGUGGUAGUACUACUAGACAACUAGAAUGGUAGUACUACUAGACAACUGUUUAGAAUGGUAAUACUACUAAAGUGCAGUUAGUACUACUGCAAGAGAACAGUCUUUUAAAUUGGUAAAAUUUUGUUGAUUUUAAUUCUACAUCAGAAAAAUGUGUGUAGUGUGUGUCCGUAAAGUACUCCCUGUUGUCAUGGUCACAGUCUGUAAUUCUAAAUACUGUAGUUUAACUUUGUCCUCAAUUUAAUGCCAGAAGCACUUUCUCGUGACUAGACAUUAAAUUUCCUGAGGUUCAAUGGCAUUGGAAACGACUUUAAAAAACAGAUCUCAAUCCCACUGACUUGAUUGUGUAUUAGUAUUAUUCAUUUUUAUUUGCAAAUUGUAUUUGUUAAUCUUUUGUUUAUUUUUAAUUUUUGGUACAUUGUGCAUUAGUAGUGGCAUAUUUGCAUGUUGUGACAAUAUAUUUGAAGGGAGGUAACUCAUACUAUACGUCUCAUAAACAUUAUACAAGUCUGAGUUUCCCUUUACUACUUGUGCUAUAUAUCAGCCUCUGUCUUUCUGAAAUAAACCUCUACUCCAGUUUUCUCUCUCAUGUCAAUAAAACAUACGUAAUUAAGAUUCUUGGUUCAUCAUGUCAGAGCAGAACUUGUUGUUUUCUGAAGACAUGAUGGCUCAUUUUUUCUUUUAUUUUUGAACCCCUCCUCUCCUUGUGCAAGCACAAGGAUGUAGGACUAAAAUACACCCUUCCCUAUGAUAACAGACACUCCCCCUCCCCACAGGGACAUUGUCUUUCUACACUGCUCUUGUUCUACUGUCAACAUAUUGUCUGGUGACAUUUUCUAGAAGAAAAAACACUAUUAAAUCUGCAUAUUAUAGUAUAUAUGUGAAUAUAUACAUUAUAUUGAGGGCUUUCAUGAUAACUAGUUUACAGCAUUGGUGUAUUUUGUGCACUACUGUAAUUGUUAAACCAUGCAUGAAGUAAGGUUUUACUUUUUCAUUUUAUAUGUGAAAAUAUCGGUGUUUAUGAUGAGUUUAAUUAAAAUUAUUGAAGUGAC